UCUCCGGCAUCACAGCUCUCCUCCAAUGACCCUCCCCACCGCAUCUGAACUCAUCUUCUCCGAGCAGGCCAAUCACAACUUCUCCAAAACUCUUGGGGAGCUCAAACGCUCCACUCUCUCCAUCCAAAACCGGCUCCAAUCGAUCCAACACGAUGCAGCCUUUGCACAGCUGGUGGCGGAUGCCUACUGCAGACCGCUGAUCGCGAACGAACGAUGUGGAAGCUGGUACAUUGCUCCCGAGAACAAGGGAGGGAGUGCAUAUUUCAAAAGUACGGACGGGCACACGGGCGUCUGGAAGUUCAGUUCGAGGAGGCUAAACCUACAUCUGCUGGAAAUCAUUGGGAAGCAUGAUGGGUGCAUCAUUGUUGAUUCUACAAGGCGUGGAAAGCGAAUGCCUGAUGCUCUGAGUAAGACGAUCCCAAUCUGGUGUAGCGUCCUCAAUUAUUUCUUCUUUCCCCAAGAACCCCAAUUCCACGAAUUGUAUACGCCUCCACAAGUUGUCUCUCAAUCCGAACACGCGCAAAUUGCCGCUCUCCUCCCCUCAUUCCUGGUUGCGCUGGAAGCACUCAGCAUCCCGGUUGCCGAAUUCAGAUACCACGUCACGAAACCUCUCCGUCCAAUCUGGGUCACGCCAGACUCAAACGUCACACCGACUUCUAGCAUUUUCGAAGACUUCCACCCGGUGAUUUGCUGUACUGUCUCGCGGAGAGUGGCAGGCGGGGAGCUCACUGGGGGAGGAUACAUACAAGGCGCAGGAGAUGAUACGGAGAACUGGGCUCAUAGGCUCUCGCCGCCUAUUUUCUGGACAAACAAAGAACUCUUGCUCUCUACACCAGAGCCUGAGUUGCCUGAUCUCAUUGAGACAUUGGUGACCCGAGCAGCUGCCGUGGGAACUGCGGGAGGGCAUAUGAGAUGUUUGAAGCCGACUUCAUGUCUGUUCAUAUUCACAAUCGUAGAUCUCCUGAAGAACAACAUGGCUCCAGCUGCGUUAACGGUCCUCUUGCUCCCGAAAAUUACGAACGAAGAUACGUGGCAUACAUCUUCCACCCGGUUGGAUGUUGGCCUCGGUCCCCACAAGCUAGGUAGCCGGAAUCUCCGCACAGCAUUGCCUUUAAUCAUUGAUUUCUUUCGAAGAUCUCUGACUCCUCAAAAGACCGCGGCGGGCCAGGAAGAUCAAGCAAAGAUGAAAAUCUUCAUUGCUUGUGAAACCGGGAUGGACCUGUCCAUCGGCGUUGCUCUUGCGAUUUUGUGCCUUUUCUUUGAUGACCAGGGCAAUCUGUUGCGAGAGCCAAGUCAAGGGACCAAUAUUGAUAAGAACUUUAUCAGGAGUCGUUUUGGCUGGAUCUCGACCUCGAUGCCAGAUGUAAACCCUAGUCGGGCAACUCUGCAAAGCGUCAAUAGCUUUUUAAUGGAAAGGCCUAAAUAAAUUUGGUUCAUCCCUCGUUGUGGC